AUGAAUGUCAGUUUCCUUGGAAGGGACUUUGGAGAUAAAGGAUGGAUGGUGAGCAGAAGGACGCAGGAGGGGUUUGCUUCUAGGAUUCAGAACAGUUUUCAUCAGAAAGCUUCAUCCAUCUGUUCAUCUGUCUGCACGUUCAUCAUGCUGCAUCGAGAGCUGAGCUUUCUCACAUUGUUGGUGCUACUAUGCCAGCAUGGUGUCAAAGCAGUAGACCUCAUCACCUGUGAGGGAGAAACUGCCAGUUUUACCUGUGCACAGGGAACCAUUAAUGUGCUUUCUGCCAAUAAUGGGCGUACGGACAGAGCAACCUGCUCUACUGGAAGACCAGCUCACCAGCUCUCAAAUGUUCAGUGCACUCAGAGCACAUCCCUAAGUGUGCUGACCACACAAUGUGAUGGAAAGCUGAAUUGUUCCAUUGUUGUGGGGAAUUCAGCUUUCACUGAACCUUGUCCUGGAACUUACAAAUACCUGAAUGUGUCUUACGAGUGCAUCUUACCACCACCACCAAGUGCACCAACAACAAAUCUGGUUACCUGUGAAUCAGAAACUGCCCAUCUCAGCUGUGACCAGGGAACCAUUAAGGUGCUUUCUGCCAAUUAUGGGCGUACGGACAGCACAACCUGCUCUACUGGAAGACCAGCUCACCAGCUCUCAAAUGUUCAGUGCACUCAGAGCACAUCCCUAAGUGUGCUGACCACUCAAUGUGAUGGAAAGCAGAAUUGUUCCAUAGUUGUGGGGAAUGCAGCUUUCACUGACCCUUGUCCUGGAACUUACAAAUACCUGAAUGUGUCUUACGAGUGCAUCUUACCACCACCACCAAGUGCACCAACAUCAAAUCUGGUUACCUGUGAAUCAGAAACUGCCCAUCUCAGCUGUGACCAGGGAACCAUUAAGGUGCUUUCUGCCAAUUAUGGGCGUACGGACAGCACAACCUGCUCUACUGGAAGACCAGCUCACCAGCUCUCAAAUGUUCAGUGCACUCAGAGCACAUCCCUAAGUGUGCUGACCACUCAAUGUGAUGGAAAGCAGAAUUGUUCCAUAGUUGUGGGGAAUGCAGCUUUCACUGACCCUUGUCCUGGAACUUACAAAUACCUGAAUGUGUCUUACGAGUGCAUCUUACCACCACCACCAAGUGCACCAAUAACAAAUCUGGUUACCUGUGAAUCAGAAACUGCCCAUCUCAGCUGUGACCAGGGAACCAUUAAGGUGCUUUCUGCCAACUAUGGUCGUACAAACAACACAACCUGCUCUACUGGAAGACCAGCUAACCAGCUCUCAAAUGUUCAGUGCACUCAGAGCACAUCCCUAAGUGUGGUGACCACUCGAUGUGAUGGAAAGCAGAAUUGUUCCAUUGUUGUGGGGAAUGCAGCUUUCACUGACCCUUGUCCUGGAACUUACAAAUACCUGUAUGUGUCUUACGAGUGCAUCUUACCACCACCACCAAAAUUGUCUGAGCUGGGAUGGUCAAAUGGUCGCUUUUCUCUUGAGAUGGAGCUUUUCGCCUGA